GCUCAAGCCACAGGAGCCACGAACGAGAUAAGGGGAGUGUGGCUGCAGAACCCAGGUUCCAGGCCUCUCCUCAGGCCCCUUACUACUGACCUGGAUGAGGCCGUGGCUUCCACACGGAGCGGGGCCCAGUGACUUCUACAGCCUCCUGGGGAGGUCACGCCGACCAGCUUGAAUCGAGGGACCGGACGUCAUCGUCGCGCUCUGCCCCUCGCCCAUCCCUCUCAGGCUCUCUGACCGCCACCCCUGCCCGACCCUGUGCAACAUGCAGCCCGCGGGCCUCGAGGGUCCCUGCACCUUUGGUCGGUGGCCUCUGCUGAGUCCUCUGGUCCUGUUCCUGCUGCUGCUGCUCCAGAUUGUAACCUGCGCCCACACGACGCCGGGCACCCACAGAGCUCUCACUACGCUGGGCACCCCCAGAGCUCACAUCACACUAGGCACCUACGCUCCCUCGACUGCACUGGGUAGUCCCAGCAUCCAGGGCCUGCGAGAGCAGGCACGGGCCCUUAUGCGGAACUUCCCGCUCGUGGACGGCCACAACGACCUGCCCCUGAUCCUGAGGCAGGUUUACCAGAAAGGUCUCCAGGAUAUUAAUCUGCGCAAUUUCAGCUACGGCCAGACCAGCCUGGACAGGCUCAGAGAAGGCCUCGUGGGCGCCCAGUUCUGGUCGGCCUACGUGCCAUGCCAGACCCAGGACCGGGAUGCCCUGCGCCUCACCCUGGAGCAGAUUGACCUCAUUCACCGCAUGUGUGCCUCCUAUUCUGAGCUGGAGCUUGUGACCUCAGCUAAAGCUCUGAACAACACCCAGAAAUUGGCCUGCCUCAUCGGUGUGGAGGGCGGCCACUCACUGGACAAUAGCCUCUCCAUCUUACGUACCUUCUACAUGCUGGGAGUGCGCUACCUGACACUCACCCACACCUGCAACACACCCUGGGCAGAGAGCUCAGCUAAGGGUGUCCACUCCUUCUACAACAACGUCAGCGGGCUGACCGGCUUUGGUGAGAAAGUGGUGGCAGAAAUGAACCGCCUGGGCAUGAUGGUAGACUUGUCCCAUGUCUCACAUGCUGUGGCACGGCGGGCCCUGGAAGUGUCACAGGCACCUGUGAUCUUUUCCCACUCGGCUGCCCAGGGUGUGUGCAACAGUGCUAGGAAUGUUCCUGAUGACAUCCUGCAGCUUCUGAAGAAGAACGGUGGCAUUGUGAUGGUGUCCUUGUCCAUGGGAGUGAUACAGUGCAACCCAUCAGCCAAUGUGUCCACGGUGGCAGGCUGCAAGAAGGAGACUCAGCGCAGUCCAGCCACAGUAGCACGCCUGUUCUGGAAGCCCUACGCAGCCAACUCUCCACGUGCCCUCUCUCCAGAUCACUUCGACCACAUCAAGGCAGUCAUUGGAUCCAAGUUCAUCGGGAUUGGUGGAGAUUAUGAUGGGGCUGGCAAAUUCCCUCAGGGGCUGGAGGAUGUGUCCACAUACCCCAUCCUGAUAGAGGAGUUGCUGAGUCGUGGCUGGAGUGAAGAAGAGCUUCGGGGUGUCCUUCGAGGAAACCUGCUGCGGGUCUUCAGACAAGUGGAACAGGUACGGGAAGAAAACAAAGGGCAAAGCCCCUUGGAGGAUACAUUCCCAGAUGAGCAGCUGAGCAGUUCCUGCCACUCCGACCUCUCACGUCUUCGUCAGAGGCAGCAUCUGACUUCAGACCAGAAACUCACUGAGAUUCCCACACACUGGACACCCAAGUUACCACCCAAGUGGUCACUCUCAGAGUCCUCCCCACACAUGGCCCCAGUCCUCACAGUUGUGGCCACCUUCCCAGUCCUUAUUCUGUGGCUCUGAUGACCCCAGUUAGUCCUGCUAGAUGUCACUGUAGCAAGUCACAGACACCCCACAAAAUUUCCUUGUUGUGCAGGCACAAACAUUUCCUGAAAAUAAAUGUUUUGGACACGGAACCAGA